GCCGGAUCAAGUUCACGGUUUGGUUCAAGAUGGCCGCUGAGAAACAGUUAUGAGGAUCGCAGUUUUUUCCAAAAAUUCAGGGGAAAUGAGCGGCUCUGCGCUUUGAAGACGCUCCCUCUCGGUGACCGGGGACCCAGGGGGAGUGUGGUGAGUGGGGGACAGGACCACUGCCAGGGCCCCACCCAGAAACAGGAGGGCCAGGGGAGCUGCUGUGGAAGGAGGAGUCUUUCAGCUGAACAAGUUUUGUUAGAUUACAACCCUAUAUGGAGCUACAUUAUGGACAAAAUACCACAAGGGGAACGCACAUGGCUUAAACCAACAACCAUGACGGAUGUAUGAAGCCAAAAGUGGUAGGAAAGUUGGUUGAAGUGAUCCAGCCCAUCAGAUGAAGAGCCUCCAGUUCCGGAGCAUUGCUCCUAAGGCCCAAGCUGUGGUGCCUUCACCCUCCCCUCUGGCCCCGUGCUGCCAACCGUUGUCUGCUCUACCCGAGGCCACCACCGCCUCUAGCCCCAAGUCCAUCCUGGUACCCACUCAAAACUAUGCACUGAUGCAAAUAGCAGGCCAAGAUGGAACGUUCUCUCUGGUCGCACUCCCCCCUUCUGUCUCCUCUCAGACUCCACAGCAACAAACCCAGAAAACCCUCAAGUUACCCAUUCCCAGAUACCAGUCGGCGAGAAACAAAAAAACCUCAGAGAAAGUGAAAUCACCGGUCGCUGCCAAUACAAAAGCUGCCUCCAGUUUUCCUAUACUUGCUCAGACCAAGUCGGUGGGGAGUGGAACAUGUGCAGGGCCAAGGCUAAAGCUAGAGGAGACGAAGGAAACCACAAAGGAACCUCCAGAAAAGGUGUUUCUGAUCGACUCUGCCACCUCUGAUGUCUCCGUCUCUGCACUGUUACCAGAAAACGCUCUUCUCUGUCCAAAGUUGGAGCAAACGACAGAUAGCAAUGAGCAACCUGCUUCGGCUAGCCUUAUUCAGAACCUCCAGUACCAUUCAGCAACUGCCUCAACCUCCACAGGUAAAGCCCCUGAGGAAACUAAACCUACAUUGGGGCUGUGCCAAUCCAAACCAACUCCUGCUCAGCCUCAGAGUAGUAUCACUGUCCUGUCACCAGCUAUCUUCAGCAAAGCAGUCCAGAUUAUCCCUUCUCCGCCUAAGGGGAAACUACCCAUUCUGCCUUAUUCUAAAAUGAGGAGCUCCCUGAUCCCAGCUACAAAGAUCACGGGUUUGUCCCAGGAUAGAAAAGGCUUCUGUGGGCAGGCAGGAGUCUCCUCUUCUGUGGACAGUGUGAACAAGAACAUGGAGAAUCCGGAAGUCUUGAGGCCAAACCCGGUGCCAAACUCUAUUCAGACCAAACCCUCACUUGUUCCCGUUACCCUCCAGAAACCCCCUGGCAAGAAGAGAGGGAGGAAGAGAAAGACGAUAGAAGAUAUCUUAGCCUUUGAAGCCAGAAAGAAGAGGUCUUUGUCCUUUUUCCGGAGAAGGCUUCCCGAAAAACCUCCAGCGGUCAUUCCAGGCUUCAAACAGAAGGAAGUUGAUAUUUCCAAGAAGUACCGAAGUAUCCGACCCAAGCCCAUUUUGGUUAUGGAGACUGUUCCUCAACUGGUGAGUUUGCCUCCAGUAACACCAGACGGCCAAGAACAGGAACUCUUACUCGGUCACCAACUGGCCACUGCUGCCCCAACUAAGGCGCUGGACUGUUCCCCCCAACCCGCUCCGGUGACCCUUCACCUCAGAGCCGGCUCUAACCCAAAAGUGUUUAUCGGAAGCCGCCCGAUCCACCGCUGCGCCAUCUGUAGCCGCUGUUUCCAGUUUAAGCAUCACCUGCAGAACCACAUGAACACCCACUCCAACAGUCGGCCCUACAUCUGCCCCCUCUGCCGCAAAGCGUACGCCCACAGAGGCAGCCUCAGCACCCACAUGAAACUGCAUCACUCAGAGGUACGGCCGCGCCGAUCGCUCCACUGCGAGUUCUGCGAUAAGGUCUUCGGAUAUGUGGGCGUGUACUUCCGUCAUCUGAGGGAGGUCCACAAAGUGGUGCUGACCGUAGAGCCAUCAAUCAGUCGUCAUGAAGAAGACAUGUCUUUGGAAGGUCUGAUCUCGCCUGAGCCGUCAGACGAACAGGAUCGGGAAGAACCUGUGGAGCUGCAGAUAAAAUGCGGCCGCUGUCAAGCCGAGACUCCCACUUUUGCCGACAUGAAGAUGCAUCUGCUGUACGUGCAUGGGGAGGAGGUCCACGUCCGCGCUCCCGACGGGAAGGCCCAAUCCGUCGGGCGGGAGGUCGAGAACGAGCUGGUGAAGCACGCCGCCCACUAUUGGCGCCAGCUCAACCAGAAGCGAAACUUGGUCAAGUGCGGCAGCUGCGACGAGGAGUUUUUUUCUUUCUCCAAACUCAAGAAGCACAUUAUGUCCCAUCACCGAGUCAGGGACUGGGAGGCAGGCGGCGAAACCAGGUCGUCCUCCCCUGAAAACGACAGCGACUUGGGAGUUCUGGCAGCCGGGGAGGCCUUCAACUGCGUGCUUUGCAGCAAGGUGCUGGACACUAAGGAGCUAAUUAUCGAGCACUGGAGGAGUCACCAUCACUGUGAGCAACCUGCCCUCCUGUGGGAUGCCUUGAGCUCCUACUCCGGACUAGAGGAGGCGGAGGUGGACAGGGAUCUAGACACUCCUGCUCCAAGUCCACAUUAAGCAGGCGAAAAGGGCGAAGGCCUUUACUGUAGCGUCUCCUCAUCCUCACUCAGUCCUAACAAUCAGCAGCACAGGGAAGGAGAGAUUCUCUAAUGUCUUUUGGACACUGGCUUCAUCUUUCACGCCGCUAGACGUAUAGCGUGAGAAGUUACAAGAAUAAUGGCGUCAAGUCAAAAGUGAAGCCUGAUGUUCCAAGUCAGCAGAGAUUCUCUCUCUAAAGUACAAAAUGUGGUUUUGUAAGCAUUAUGUUUUAACUUUUUUUUUUUUCCUGAUUGCACUGUUCUGUUUCAACAGGUAUUUAAUAUCCUGUUAAAGUAUUUUUUCUACCUUUUAUUUAAACUGUACUGUGGUUAAUAUUUAAUCUGACACAACUGUUAAGUUAUCAAGGUUCUUAUUUUGAUCCCCCUUUAAUAAGAAGUGAUUUUUUUCCCAUUGUUAUUGGGAGCAAGGAACAUGUUUUGUACCUGAAAAUUUAAAAAGCGAAAUGCAAUCCAAUAAUGAGACUUUUAAAACCGUCUUAAUAACGAAAGGUUUUCAGAGAAAUUUUGAUGGUUUAUUUCCCCAUUUUUUUUCUCAAAUUUAAUUUUUUCUAAUUUAAUUAGAAAUAAGUUCUCAUUUUCAGAUAGAUUUUUUACUAAUUUAAUUUUUUGCCUUUAAC